GUGCGUCCUCUCAGCAUCCCGGCUCUGACCCCGCCCCCCGACACGCGCUAUAGGCGGAGGAUUUAAGCGGGCCCUCCGUAAUGAUGAGAGAUUUCUGAGACUGAUUGAUUUGAAAACUUGACAGGUUUUGAGUUUCACAGAUAACAGCAGCUCACCAUCAGGCCAAGUUAGUAGAAUAUACUCCUCUGCAUUAGUUUCACUACACAUUUCAGCACGUUGAACUGAGUUACAGGAGUUUACAGUGGUCUUGCGUGUGUUCGGACAGAGAUGAACGUAGAUGGGGAUUACGUAGGCUCGGUGAGCAGCGGGAACGGGAAGCUGCGGCUGUGGCUCAUCGAGCAGGUGGACAGCGGGAAGUACCCGGGGCUGGUGUGGGAGAACGAGGAGAAGAGUAUCUUCAGGAUCCCCUGGAAACACGCCGGGAAGCAGGACUACAACCGCGACGAGGAUGCCGCGCUUUUCAAGGCCUGGGCGCUGUUCAAAGGAAAGUUCCGGGAGGGGAUCGAUAAGUUGGACCCCCCCACCUGGAAGACUCGCCUCCGCUGCGCCCUGAACAAGAGCAAUGACUUCGAUGAGCUGGUGGACAGGAGCCAGUUGGACAUCUCGGACCCCUACAAGGUGUACCGGGUCAUCCCUGAGGGCGCCAAGAAAAGACCCCGGCAGGAGGACAGUCCUCUGAGUCCAAGUUAUCAAGGGCACUCCCCCUACCCCGCCCUGCAGACCCAGAUGCCACAGUACAUGCCCACACCAGAGGGUGGAUGGAGAGAUUACUGCCAGGAGCCGGCCUCCCUGCCCGACCUGCCCUUCCCUCAGUGUCCCUGUCCCCCCCGCAGCCUGCCAUGGCAGGGCCCGUCCAUGGAGAAUGGAUACCAGCUCAGAGCCUCCAUCUACUCGUACGGCCCCGCUGACAGCCAGCCCUCGCCUUUCACACUGGACGCCGGCAUCAGAUCAGCAGAGGCGCUCUCAGACUUCCGCCUGCAUGUGUCUGUAUAUUUCCGGGACGCUCUGUUGAGGGAGGUGACCACCUCCAGUCCGGAGGGGUGCCACCUCACUCCCUGCUCCCCGGAGGAGAAGCACUACCUGACGCCAGGAGUUCCCGAGGUGGUGCCUCUGCCUGUGGACAGCCUCUCAGCUCAGAGGAGGACAGAUGAGGGUCCCCCGAGCCCCCCCUCCACCCUGGAGAGGGGGGUGUUACUGUGGAUGGGACCAGACGGACUCUACGCCCGCAGACUGUGUCCGGACAGGGUGUACUGGCAGGGAGGACUGUCCCAGUAUGGAGACAAGCUCAACAAACUAGAGAGAGAGGUCACCUGUAAACUCCUCCACACGCAGGACUACCUGACAGAGAUUCAGAGUUACGGGCUCCAUGGUCGGCCUCUACCUCGCUUCCAGGUCCUGCUGAGUUUUGGAGACGACAUCCUGGACGCACAGAGACAAAGACAGAGCCUCACAGUCCAGGUGGAGCCGCUGUUUGCCAGACAGCUCCUGUACUACGCCCAGCAGAUGGGGGGCCACUACUACCGCAGCUACGAGCACCCCGGAGUCACAGACCACAUAAACACAUCUGAGGACUACCAGAGGACCAUCACACAUCAUCUGCACAGCAGCAGCCUGCAGGAGUGACCUCUGUGGGUUCAGGGACUGUUGAAACCUUCAGGAUGCAGCUGUGACCUUUGACACAGGAGACGAGGAAACUGAGACAGGAGGACAAACUUGGACAGUGUUAUAUAUGAAGAUAAUGGACGUUUAGUGACAGUGCUGCAAUGAAGAGUUCUGUGUGUGUGUGUGUGUGUGUGUGUGUGUGUGUGUGUGUGUGUGUGUGUGUGUGUGUGUGUGUGUGUGUGUGUGUGUGUGUGGCUGGAACCAAAGUUGCAUAUUCUUACUGUAUUUUUGUGGCACCAUGAAUAUUUUCCAUACUGACUAUGCAAAGAAAACUGACAGCUUAAGCGAUUGUACUGUACAAAACUGCGUGAUGAAAUGAAGUGCCUUAAAGUGAUAGUUAGACAUUUGGGAAAUGUUGUUUCUUGUCAAACAAAUUGAGAACAUUCUGGAGUCUGUACAGUGAACAGAUGAAGCUGGAGCCAGCUAGCGAUUAGCUUAGCACAAACACUGAAAACGGGAAAUUGGUUAGCCUGACUAUCUCUAAAGGUAACACAAUCCACCUACAGUACCAGCAACUUUUUAAAGCUCACAAUUUAUCAUGUUAUUUUUUAUUGGUUUAUUCUGAAAGACAAUUUAGUUUAAAAACGUCAUUUUGUGGGGUUUUGAGUAAGACUGCAUUUUUACCUAUGGUUUUUACACUUGUUUUAUACUUAAAUAAACCUUAUAAAGGUAAUAUCCCCUAUCAGUGCUUUAAAGGUGAUUACUGGUAGAUAGUUUAACACUUAAAUGAGUGAGGCUAGUCAUAUGUAGUCUUUAUGCUAAGCUAAUCUUCAUUGUACAGUAGCUUCAUAUUUGCUGUACUGAGGUGAGAAUGGUGUGGAUUUUCUCUUUUGAAUAUUUGUUGUAUUGCUAGGAGACACUAUCAUCACCAUUUAGUGAAUUAUGAUUAUUGUGCUUGGUUGUUUGUGUGAGAAACUCAGGGAGCAGAUUUUAUGAUUUUAUAUAAGCUUUUUCAACUUCAUUUUAAAUAUUUCAGUUGCUAUUUGUUUUAUUAUAAUGUAACUGGCAUACAUCAAUUUUAAGAAAGAGUUAAAGUGAAUGUUUGGACACAUUUAAUGAACACAUUCCUGUUUUCUAAAGAAAAAUAAAUGGCUCAAUUGCAAAAAAAA